CACAAAGUAGAGAAAGCAAAAAACAGGCUACGGGAACAUCGUCAAGUGAUAAUGAAAAGAAAGAUGCUACCACAGGUAAACCUAAAAUACAAAGAAAAGCUUUUGUUGGCCACAAACUAGCGCAAACAAAAAAAGAUCAAACACAAAAAGAAAGCACAAAAUCAAAAUCUGAAAGCUCAUCUUCUAGUGAUAGUAAAGAUGGUCACAAAGGUAAACCUGGCGAAGCUAAAACUUUGCAAAAAUCUUCGGAUGGCAGCAAACAGGAAACAUCAAAGUCUGAAUCGUCUAAUGCAGACCAGCCUGACUCCUCUUCAACUUUAUCAACAGAGGAAGCUAAAAGGCGAAAAACCGCUAACCGUUCUAGCCAGCAACCAAACGCACCAGACACACCAGAGUCUCUUUCAGAACAAUCGGAAACAGGUGAAAAAGCUAAAAAGCAGCAACCGAGCGGUGACCAAAAACAGGAAACGCAAAAGUCAACCGCUUCCGCUUCGGGCAAUCCUGACGAGCCUAACAACGGUCCCACAGGCACCAGCACGCACACCGACACAUCAGAUGACAGUUCCUCUUCAGAAAAGACAGAAGAGUCUUCUGAUAGAUCUCCAGGGAGAGUCAAAACACAACGCAAAGCUUCCGUCGGAAAUAAACUAGAAGAGCAGAGAAAAGCAGAAGCUGCAGCUGCAGCUGCUGCCGCUGCUGCCAGAGCUGCAGCACCAGGUGAAUCAGCAAGCACCAAAGCACCGCCUGCAAGGCCGGAUCGGCACUACAUUUCCGAAGACCGCGGCCCUAGGGAUAAGCCCCCAAAGGGAACGAAAUUUAACCCGGAGGAAAUCAGCACGCAGGCCAGUCUGACAACGGAGACAAAGAACGCCGACAGUGAUCGAUUUCCGACACGACAAGUUCAGACAGACCCCGAAGCGGGUAAUCGCGUUGUCUACCAAAGCUCAGUCAUUGGCAGAGAGAAUCUGGACAAAGGCACCGAUGUGAAUAAUUCGGCAAGGAAGAAGGUGCAAGAGCCGAAAAAAGAUGGAGAGGCGCAACAGGGUGGAGAGGAGG